AAAGUUGAUCGUUGGGGUUUUUUUUUCUACGAUUGGAUAACCUGUAAUUUUCGCGGUAAACGAACCACGGAACCAGUACCAGAGCAAGACGCCGAGGCACGAAGAGAGGCAUCGUUUCACAGAGACUGAGAAAAAGACAGCACAAUGAGCAAAACUAAGGAUUCUCCCGCUACCGAAACUGAAACCGAGGAGGAAUUCAGCGUCGAAAAAGUCUUGGACAGGCGAGUGGUGAAAGGAAAGGUGGAAUAUUUCCUAAAAUGGAAAGGAUACUCGAACGACGAGAACACCUGGGAGCCAGAGGAGAACUUGGAUUGUCCAGAUUUAAUCGCCCAAUUUGAAGAUGCGAGAAAGAAAAAGGAGGCAGCUGCCGCUGGCAAGAGGCACGAAGAGAAAGACAAGAAAAGAAAAAGCUCCUCAACUCCCACGCCGACACAGGCCAAAAAGAAAGUAACUGAAGAGAAGAAAGCUGAAGGAUUUGAUAGAAACUUGGACCCAGAGCGCAUUAUUGGUGCAACCGACUCGAGCGGUGAACUCAUGUUCCUGAUGAAGUGGAAGGGAACGGACGAUGCGGAUCUCGUGCCUGCAAGAGAAGCUAAUGUGAGAUGCCCACAGAUCGUAAUCAAAUUUUACGAAGAGAGGCUGACCUGGCACAGUCCUGCUCAUGACGAAGAGGGUUCCACAAAACCCGACCCAGAGUAGCCCCCAUUUUUUUUUGUCGUCGCAUCUACACAGCAUGUUUUAGAAUUUGUCGCUUUUAAGGCGAUACGUCUAAAUCGUGUUUUUUUUUCUGAAGCAAGCUUAAUGUAAUAUCUUUGAACGAGAGGGCCCAAAAACAGAGCACAUCGGUCGUGUUACACAUUUUACCAUUUUUCACGUAACUUUAUGUAUAAUUCGUUAUUGUCCCUCAUAUAUUAUAAUUAUUAUUAUUAUUAUUGAGUUCAACUUUUGUUUUUUUUUUUCUAAGUUUCAAGAUUGUGUAAAAUAUUAAUAAGCGCGAAUAUCCCUUGAAUUAAGCAUGCAUAUAGUUGCUAAUUUGAUUUUUUGAUAGCAAUAGCAGAAGAGAAAAAUGGUUGAAUGAAUUAAGACGUGUCGUGUUUUUGAGAGCGUUUAUCCCGUUACAUUUUCGAAAAUUGAAUGUAAGCUUAACUGUUUUCUAUGACCAGCGACUGCAUUUUCGUCGACUGUUUAGCGGAGUUUUUUCGAUUGUGAAAUUGUUUGACAGUACGGGCCUAGUUUUAAGUGUAAUUUUGAAUUGAAGGUGAAAUUCAAUUUUGAAACUGAAGCUAGAAGAAGGUUUGGUUGUCGCAUUCGGCUCUUAUAUUCUGUAAAUGAGUCGUUUCCAGAAGCGGAUCGUAAAUAUUAUGACAGUUUCCCUCACUCUGAAGAUGAGAUUUUUAAUUAUUUGCACCUAGCCCUUCAGAUCUUCAUCUUAUUCCUAUUUUCGAGUGUAUGUAAAGUUGAAAACGCGAAGUUAAUAAUAAAUAUAUUGAUAAUUUUGAAGUAA